UUCUGAACAAAACACAAACAGAGGCAAAGCCUGAGCAUGUAUGCUUAAUGAAGUCCUUAUUGAGUCUGUAUUAGAAAGGCCCCCAAACUCUAUAUAUAAGUAUCUUGAUUCUUGUAAAAGCAAACCAACUAUGCUCAAGAGGAUGAUGAUGAGAGAAAUGUGGUUGUGGCCUCAACUGGGCUCAGUGCUGGCAAGUAUGAUGUUUGCUUAUGCCAUGUUUCACCGAUACUUUCCUUAUCAACUUCGGAGCCAUAUUCAAAGAUAUACCUUAAAAUGGUUUGGGUAUCUGUACCCUUUCAUCCAAAUUUCCUUUGAUGAAUAUGCCGGCGAGUUGCACAAGCGCAGUGAAGUGUUCACCGCCAUCCAAAGCUACCUCAGCACCAAGUCAUCUACAGAAGCAAAACGGCUCAAAGCAAAAGAAGUCAAGGGUAGCAAGUCUCUAGUCCUUGUCAUGGAUGACAAUGAAGAGGUGACUGAUGAAUUCCAAGGCAUUAAGCUCUGGUGGGCUUCCAGGAAAAGCGCACCUAGGCAAUAUUCAUCAUUUCCUUUCUAUCCUCAGUCUGAUGAGAAGAGACGUUAUAAGCUCACAUUCCACAGACGCCACCGGGAUAUAAUCACAGGGUCUUAUCUUGACCAUGUGAGAAAAGAAGGGAAGGCAAUAGCAGUGAGUCAUAGGCAAAGGAAGCUUUACAUUAACAAUCCUGCUUCUGGAUACAAAACGAGGAAAUGGAGCUCCGUAGCCUUUGAUCACCCUGCAACAUUUGAGAGCAUAGCAAUGGAGCCAAAAAAGAAAGAGGAAAUCAUCAAUGACCUCAUGAAGUUCAGCAAUGGGAAGGAGUACUAUGCAAAAAUCGGGAAACCUUGGAAGCGGGGUUAUCUUCUGUAUGGGCCACCAGGCACCGGUAAGUCCACCAUGAUUGCUGCCAUGUCUAACCUCAUGAACUAUGAUGUUUAUGAUCUUGAACUGACGACACUGAAGAGCAACACUGAUCUGAGGAAGUUGCUGAUUGACACGCCAAGUAAGGCUAUUAUUGUGAUCGAGGACAUUGAUUGUUCACUUGAUCUUACGGGCCAAAGAAAGAAGAAGAAGGAGAAAGACGAAAAAGAUAAAGAAAAAAAGGAUCCAACCUGUAAAAUGAGGGAAGGAGAAGAAAGCAAAGCAAGCCAGGUUACUUUGUCUGGGCUAUUGAACUUCAUUGAUGGUAUUUGGUCAGCUUGCGGAGGUGAAAGAAUCAUUGUGUUUACCACUAAUUAUGUGGAGAAACUUGAUCCUGCACUGAUAAGGAGAGGAAGGAUGGACAAGCAUAUCAGCUUGUCUUAUUGUUGCUAUGAAGCAUUCAAAGUGCUUGCAAGGAACUACUUGAAUUUAGAUACACAUGAAUUGUUCGGAAGCAUUGAACGUUUGUUGGGGGAGACCAACAUGACACCAGCUGAUGUGGCAGAGAAUUUGAUGCCUAAAUCUAAUGUAGAGGAUGCCAUCUCUUGUUUGAAGAAAUUGAUUGAAGCUCUAGAGAUUGCGAAGGAGGAGGCAAGAGUGAAGGCUGAGGAAGAAGCAAGCAAGAAGGCAGUUAAAGAUGCAAAAGUGAACGCAAAGAAAGAAGCAAAAUUGAAGGCAGAGGAAGCAGAGAAGAAAACAGAGGAGUCCGCUAAAGAUGAAGAGAAAUGUAUCGGAACAUCAGCUAAACAAGAUGUGAAAGAAAAUAGAGUUAUUGAAAAAUGAGGAAAAGAGUUGAAUUAUCUGCAUAACUACAACCUCCUGUUCCAUUAUCCAUUCUGAUCACUGUGUCUUUUCCAAUGUUUAAUAAGAAUCAUGUAAUGGAGUUGUUUAACAUUUUUCAUAGCGAUGAUCAUUUUUAUGUUUUUGUUUCUCUGAUUAAAAUUUUA